CACACGCACACACCCUCACUGCACAUGCUUUGAGUGGAACAGUUUCACAGUGCUGCACUGGAGUGAGACAACGGUGUGUGAUUGAGAGAGAGAGUUUAUUCUCACCCCUCGUCAGCUCAAGGAAAGCACCAGUGUGGAGAAGUUGCAUGAACGGAUGACCUCAACAGAGGACAUUUUUUAUCAGAUCAUGGAAGCCAAGAAUUGGAGCUAAAAGAAAAGAAGAAAACUUUUGCUUUUAAAAAAACAAAACAAAACACCUUUUUGGCUGAACUGGAAAUUAGAAUUUUGUCUGUGGGAUUACUGGGAACUUCAUUCAUGAGCUCUUGUCAUGUUGGUAUCCUGCAUGAUUGUUUCUCGUUGACAGGAGCCAUCUAUGUGUUUUGGAUUUCCCACGGAUCACCAUUUAUAUUCGGAACACAGUGUGUGAAUGAAGGGCGCGGGAGCAGGAAACAUGUCAAGCGGACGAUUCAGUCACCUGUUGAGGGGUGUCUGGUUUCUGUGGCAAGCUCUGUUGGUGGUAGGAACAGGGACAAAACUUUGGGAGGUGCCAACAGGUCCAUUUGCAUCCUCCUCCAACUUCAGUGAGAGCCUGCAAUGGGAGCCCCACUGUCAGUACUACAACAUACAGGACAGAGUGAGAAUCACAGCAGACAUUCCACCACAACUGGAUGGCACUUGGGUAUCAAUAAGAUGCGAAGUUCGUCCUGGUCCAGAGUUCCUUACCCGCUCCUACACUUUCCACCCCAACCGUCACUUCCAGGCCCUGCAGCACUACUAUACCGACAGCAGCUGCGAGGAUCCUAGUUACUCCCUGAUAGUCAGGGGAAAGAUUCGUCUGCGCCAGGCCUCUUGGAUCACCCAUGGGGCUACUGAAGCUGAGCACCACCUCAGCAAAGUGGCCAUUGUGGUUCAUAGCCUUGCAGCCAAGCAGAGGUUGGCCUCCAGGCUCCCUUCAACAUGCGUGGGUCUCAGCCUGGGUCGAGUGGUGCCAGGGAAGCUCUAUGAGCUAUACAACACCCGGGCGGGGAGGGGAUGUCUGGAAGCACUAGGUUUCUCCAUGAUGGAGAUGGGUUUGGUACGAGUGGAGACGCAAUACCACAGCCAUGGAGGGAAGGUCCAGGAGCUGUUCUUGGGGGAUAUCCACACUGACUGGACACAAAGAACUCAGUACAAACCUACUGGAUACCAGCAACCACUGCAGAAUGCCAUGCAUCACAUCCACCCCUGCCCUGUAUGUGCUCUGGUGUACCGCUCCUCAGACCAGCGCCCCCCUGUGUUGCCCCGCAGCCCUGCAACCUAUCUGUCCCUGGGAGGCCGAUGGGUUAGCCAGCGCUGUGAAACCCGUCCCAAUGUCCUCUUUCUUACCCGAGACUUCACCUUUGAUCCCCAGCAGCACGCUUGGGAGGGCAUCUACCGGCACUACUCUGACCCUGCCUGCUCUCAGCCCACUUUCACCCUGAGAGCCUCGGGCCACUAUGCUCAGGGAAACCCCUCCCCCAAAAUCUCAGGAGCUUCUGAGUUUGUCUUCAAGGUAACCCAGGUCAGAGCCACAGCCAUGGGGGAGCCCACAGCCAAAUUGCUAAACAGUACAAAGCCAGGGAAGUGUGGUCGUGCUAGAGGAUGGGAGGUCGGAAUAGAGCAGGACUUGACCCCCACAGACGGAUGCACCGUGUUGGGUAUCAAGCUGCCCCAUAAAGAGUACGAGCUCUUCAAGAUAGAGCUGGAUCACAGGAAACACCCACUGCUGUUUAUCGGCGAGAGGCCAACUGACGGGUCCAGUCCCGACCGACCGCUGAGGCGACCAACUUCCUUUCAGGCUCCCAUGGUGCUUUGCAGUGGGGGAAGCACACAGGCCGCCCGCUCAGGUUUUAACAGCAAGCAAGUACAGUUAGCAGCCAGUGGGACAGAGAGGCUUCCACAGCUGGUCCUGCUGGUGUUUGGAUCUGUGCUUUGCGGCUGGCUCUGUGUUUACUAGACAUUGUUCGCAAAUCAAACCUGUUAAACAGCUGAAGUCAGUGAUGGACAUUUUGUUCCUGGCAGCUGUUUUUCAUUUUCCUUCCACAUGAUGACAUGUUCAUGACCACAUGUGAAAUAGGCAAGAAAGACAUUUAGAAGAUAUAUGCUGUCUGUAGGUUAACCUAAAUGACUCACUUCAUCUCCCUUUUCUAACAAAUCUGUAUAAAAGCCACCAAUAUAUACAAAUGCCAUCGUUUCAGUAUGUAAAACUUCAUAUAUUCUUUUGAAACAUGCUACCUUUGUAUGAUAAUCAAAAUGAUGCUCUCAUGUCACAAACUGAUUUCAAAUGUGGGUCUUCAUUAAAAUGCAAGCCAGGGCUAUUUCAGUUACUUUUCACCAAGAUGCAGUACAACUAAUGCACUUUGUAAAUAAUAUUUUAUCAGCAUACUGGUAAGAAUCAUAGUUUUAAAAAAAUGUGGAAACAGUUACCAUCACUGGUCAGGUUUUAGUGUAUUGGUCUUUUUUUCUAUCAACAGCCAGUCUAAACAAAUUAAUGAAAUUAAUAUUUAUUUUAUCCAUUUAUACUGUGCUUUUUCAUAAAAAGAAGAUUUUUUGUCUAAUAUUUUAGUUAGUUUUGUCAUUUAAUAUUUCCAUGUCUAUUAAAAGUUGCUUA